AUGACCGUGCGAAAAGCAAAGAAGUCCACCACAAAAAAACCUGCAGAGGCCUCUUCUGCUCUUUCAAAGGCGGCAACUCAUGUAGUGAAGGAGGAAACAGAACGGGCCUCACUGUUGGAGUGGCUUGAUAAGAAUGAUCCACUGUAUGAUCGCUCAGGGGCUCCACCUAUUACAAUCAGUGAGUUGCUCUCAUCUAAACUUAUUCACAAAACAUUUAAAAAGGCCGGUAUGGAUGAAAUGCCGUAUGAUUGGUCUAAACUCCGUGGUGUUUUAGAAGCCAGAACCUCCAAGAGUCCUCGCUGGUUUAUGCAACUGCGUGAGGAAGAUCUUCUAGCCGAUGAUGGGUUUGAAGGUGUAACGGUGGAUUGUGUGGUGAUUGCAGAAGCCAGUUUGCCUACACUUGCCCCAGCCCAUUACAUUGUUAAGAUGCAUUUACCAUACAGUGAUUUGGAAGAUAAUGCACCCGAGCGUAUUUUACCAAUUGAAGGACAAAAUAUGUGUUGGCGCCGUGUGGUACGAGAUGAUGGAACAGAUAUUAAUGCCUAUCUCUUACAGAAGAGAGAAUCCGCUUCGGCUGGAAUAUCUUUUGGGUUUGGAACCUCUACAACAACAACAACUACCUCUACUACAGUUGCCCCAACCACUAAUACAAAUACUGCUAAUACAAAUGCUAAUACUAAUACUGCAGGUAAUGGAUUUGGGUUUGGCUUUGGUACUACUACGACCACACCAUCCUCAACAGCGGGUGAGGCAAACACAAUGGCAUUUGGAUUUGGCACCACUGCGCCAUCCUCAACAAAUACCGCUUCCACCACAGCAGCACCUGCCAAUAGUUUUAGUUUUGGCUUUGGAGCCGCCCCAACGACAUCCAGCAGUUCAACUGCAGCAGGGAAUACCAAUUCAUUUGGUUUUGGCACCACUACGCCAGGGACAGUACCUGCCGGAACAACAACAACAACAGCAACAACAACAACUGGUAACUUUAAUUCAACUUCAUCUUCACAGCCAGUGGCAUCACUUAAACCAAGUGAGGUACUUUUUGCGCUUUGGUCAAAGAAACGUCUGGUCGAUAUGGUCAAGUCUUUCAAAUCUGGCAGCCGUAUUGUACGAGAAGAUUUUAAACCAACCCCAACAUCUCAAAGUAUUAAACUGGUCAUGCAAAAUGAUGUUAAGGAUGAUGUUCACAAGACGGUGAAACAGUUAAUUCUUAACAAGAUGUUUGCAAAACAUUGUGAUAAGAUUUUAGCUGUGGAUCGUUGGAUGGAUAACUGUCCUGUAUAUGAAGAACGCCUCUGUACCGCCAUGCAGAAGUUCCGCGCUAAUUAUGUACAAGAAGUUGCGGAGGAUUCCGAGCAGUUUCAGACACUUUAUAAAGAAUGUCAUGAAGCCAUGGAAGCAGAACUGAACCGCAUUGUUGAGAUACGCAAGAAAAUUGUAGAAAAAGAAUUACAGACUAUUGAAGAGAUAACAGAACUAUUGAAGGAGAAGAAGAUUGCUGAGAAAAAUACUUUUCGCCUUUUAAAAUAUUAUGCAGCGAAUGAUAUUAUGCGGUUUCGACCAUUUGGUAAAGUCAGUGGUAUUUCAGAGAUGGGAGAAAGUGCAGAUGUUUGCGAGCCUCCUGCACCUGUAUUGGUAAAUCCUUUCGCAGCAAAAUAA